AUGAUGAAUGUUCCACCUGAUUUGUCCAUCUGCACCUUUGUGCUGGAGCAAUCUCUGUCAGUACGGGCCCUCCAGGAAAUGCUGGCUAACACAGAAGAAAAGGCAGAAGGGUCUGCACAAGGUGGUGGACAUCGAACACUGCUCUAUGGGCACGCAAUCUUGCUGCGCCAUUCCUACAGCGGCAUGCCCAGUGAAAACUGGAUCAGAACUUUUAAGACUGAAACAAGUGUGACAGUAACAUCAGUAACAUUGGGCCCUUUUCUUUCUUGUUUCAUUCUUUGCUGUUACUCAAUAUUGACAUUAGGUGAGGCUUGCUGGUGGACCAUACAUCCUGCUUCCAAACAACGAUCAGAAGGAGAAAAAGUGCGCGUUGGAGAUGAUCUGAUUUUAGUCAGUGUCUCUUCAGAAAGGUAUUUGCAUCUCUCUUAUGGCAAUGGUAGCUUACAUGUUGAUGCAGCCUUCCAGCAGACGCUUUGGAGUGUAGCACCAAUCAGUUCAGGAAGUGAAGUUGCCCAAGGAUAUCUGAUAGGAGGGGAUGUUCUGAGGUUAUUGCACGGUCACAUGGAUGAAUGUUUGACAGUGCCUUCGGGUGAACAUGGAGAAGAACAAAGAAGAACUGUCCAUUAUGAAGGUGGUGCUGUGUCCAUUCAUGCUCGUUCCCUUUGGCGACUAGAGACUCUAAGAGUUGCGUGGAGUGGAAGCCACAUUAGAUGGGGACAGCCAUUCCGGCUAAGACAUAUAACAACAGGAAAAUAUUUAAGCCUCCUGGAUGACAAGAGUCUUCUUCUUACAGACAAAGAGAAGGCAGAUGUAAAAUCUACAGCAUUCUGUUUUCGGUCUUCCAAGGAAAAGUUGGACAUAGGGACAAGAAAGGAGGUGGAUGGAAUGGGAGCACCUGAAAUAAAGUAUGGGGAUUCAAUAUGCUUCAUACAACAUGUAGAUACAGGCUUGUGGCUCACGUACCAGUCUGCUGAUGCAAAGUCUGUAAGGAUGGGUUCUCUGCAGCGAAAGGCAAUAAUGCACCAUGAAGGGCACAUGGAUGAUGGUUUAACACUGUCCAGAUCUCAGAAUGAAGAAUCCCGUACAGCACGUGUCAUCCGUAGUACAGUCUUCCUUUUCAACAGGUUCAUAAGGGGCCUUGAUUCUCUCAGCAAGAAAGUGAAGUCUUCCACCAUUGAUUUGCCAAUCGAGUCAGUCAGUCUGAGCCUUCAGGACUUGAUUGGCUACUUUCACCCCCCUGAUGAACAUUUGGAGCAUGAAAACAAACAAAACAGGCUCCGAGCACUGAAGAAUCGCCAGAACCUCUUCCAAGAAGAGGGUAUGAUCAACCUUGUUCUUGAAUGUAUUGAUCGCUUGAAUGUAUACAGCAGUGCAGCUCACUUUGCAGAUGUAGCUGGGAAGGAGGCUGGAGAAGCAUGGAAAUCUAUUCUAAAUUCUUUGUAUGAAUUACUAGCUGCUCUGAUUCGAGGAAAUCGUAAAAACUGUGCUCAGUUUUCUGGAUCUCUUGAUUGGUUGAUCAGCAGAUUAGAAAGACUGGAAGCUUCUUCUGGAAUUCUGGAGGUUUUACACUGUGUGUUGGUAGAAAGCCCAGAAGCUCUCAACAUUAUUAAGGAAGGACAUAUUAAAUCAAUCAUCUGUCUUUUGGACAAGCAUGGAAGAAACCAUAAGGUUUUGGAUGUUUUGUGUUCCCUCUGUGUUUGUCAUGGAGUAGCUGUGAGGUCUAAUCAACAUCUAAUUUGUGAUAAUCUCCUGCCAGGAAGAGAUCUGCUCUUACAGACACGCCUUGUCAACCAUGUGAGCAGCAUGCGACCCAACAUCUUCUUGGGGAUUAGUGAAGGUUCGGCCCAAUACAGAAAAUGGUACUAUGAACUUAUGGUGGAUCAUCUAGAGCCCUUUGUGACUGCAGAAUCAACUCACCUACGAGUGGGCUGGGCUUCCACAGAAGGCUACUCACCCUACCCAGGGGGAGGAGCGGAAUGGGGAGGAAAUGGUGUUGGUGAUGACCUAUAUUCCUACGGCUUUGAUGGUCUACAUCUGUGGUCAGGUUGUGUAGCACGAUCAGUAAAUUCUCCCAACCAACAUCUAUUAAGAACUGAUGAUGUUAUUAGCUGCUGUUUGGAUCUGAGUGCCCCCAGCAUCUCUUUCCGAAUAAAUGGUCAGCCAGUUCAAGGAAUGUUUGAAAACUUCAACAUAGAUGGCCUCUUCUUCCCAGUUGUCAGCUUCUCUGCAGGAAUAAAGGUUCGUUUCUUGCUUGGAGGUCGCCAUGGGGAGUUCAAGUUCCUUCCUCCACCUGGAUAUGCUCCAUGCUUUGAAGCUGUCCUGCCAAAAGAGAAGCUGAAAGUGGAGAACAGCCGAGAGUACAAACAAGAUCGUAGCUACACAAGAGACCUAUUGGGCCCCACUGUCUCUCUCUCACAAGCAGCUUUCACUCCAGUUCCUGUAGAUACUAGUCAGAUUGUAUUGCCUCCUCACCUGGAAAGGAUUAGAGAAAAAUUAGCAGAGAACAUCCAUGAACUUUGGGUUAUGAAUAAGAUUGAACUUGGCUGGCAGUAUGGACCAGUUAGAGACGACAAUAAAAGACAACACCCAUGCUUAGUGGAGUUCUCAAAAUUGCCGGAGCAGGAAAGAAAUUAUAACUUGCAAAUGUCACUUGAAACACUGAAAACCCUGCUGGCAUUAGGCUGCCAUGUUGGAAUUGCUGAUGAACGUGCUGAAGAAAAAGUGAAAAAAAUGAAACUUCCAAAGAACUAUCAGUUGUUGAGUGGAUAUAAGCCAGCACCCAUGGAUCUGAGUUUUAUCAAACUGACCCCCUCUCAAGAAGCUAUGGUGGAUAAACUAGCAGAGAAUGCUCACAAUGUGUGGGCAAGGGACCGUAUAAGGCAAGGCUGGACAUAUGGCAUCCAGCAGGAUGUGAAAAACCGACGGAAUCCUCGCCUCGUUCCGUACGCUCUUUUGGAUGAUCGAACAAAGAAGUCCAACAAAGACAGUCUUCGGGAAGCCGUCCGCACCCUUCUAGGCUAUGGUUACAAUUUGGAAGCUCCUGAUCAAGAUCAUGCAACAAGACUGGAUGUGUGCAGUGGAAUAAUGGAAAAGUUCAGGAUCUUCCGUACAGAAAAGACCUAUGCAGUGAAGGCUGGGAAGUGGUACUUUGAGUUUGAGGCGGUUACUGCAGGAGACAUGAGAGUUGGCUGGACCAGGCCUGGUUGUCUGCCAGAUCAGGAACUUGGCUCGGAUGAAGAAGCUUUUGUUUUUGAUGGCUUUAAGGCGCAGCGGUGGCAUCAAGGUAAUGAGCAUUUUGGCCGCUCUUGGUUGGCAGGAGAUGUUGUUGGCUGUAUGGUUGACAUGAAUGAGCACACCAUGAUGUUCACCUUAAAUGGUGAAAUCCUGCUUGAUGACUCAGGCUCAGAACUUGCGUUCAAGGACUUUGAGGUUGCUGAUGGAUUUCUACCUGUGUGCAGCCUGGGCCCAUCUCAAGUGGGAAGAAUGAACUUUGGAAAAGAUGUCAGCACUCUAAAAUAUUUCACGAUAUGUGGCUUACAGGAAGGGUAUGAACCCUUUGCUGUUAAUACAAACAGAGACAUCACCAUAUGGCUGAGUAAAAGGCUUCCUCAGUUUCUGCCAGUGCCACAAAACCAUGAACAUAUUGAGGUUUGUGACCCUAGUGAAAUGUUUCUAGACACUUGA